AUGUCAAACCCUGUCAACCACAUUCACCUCGUGGCUGAGAAAGUGCGCCAUCUUCGCAUUAACAUUGACCGGUCCGAGGUCUUUAUUAUUGAUAACUUGGAGUUUAAGCGCAAUCUUAAAAUACACCUGUCUGCCAUCGCUAGCCAAUUCAGAAAGAAGAGCAAGGGAUUUCUUGAGGCAUGGUUCGUCCAGGAGGAAGCAUUUGAUCGUUCUUGGCCAGGUAUCCUCGCCGACGUUACGCAGUUCACCGAACCAUGCGCAGACUAUCUUACGGAUACUCGUUACGGUUAUGCGGAUCUGGCCUUCAGGAACUGGGGCCCAAUCGACCCUGAUGACCGACCCGAUCGUCCAAACAAGGCCUCUACCUUCUUCAUUAGUGCCGAGCAUCACACUGUCGCCUUGCUAAAGAACAAGAGAUGCAUGAUGACCGUGCGUCCAGACUGCUCAAUACGCCCAUACGAGCUGUUGUUUGGUGUGAUGAAUACUCUACAUGGAAACCCAGCGAGAAUGAUCUCGAGAAAUAUGGCAUCUUCUUGA